CUACCAAUGAAAAGUACCAGAAACUGUUUAAAGCCGUGGAUAAAACCCAACACCAAGAACUUUCUGUCGAUGUCUCAAAGUUCCAGGGUUCCCAGUUUGAUUAGGAGCACCGGUUACUGUCUGUGUGGAGUUUCUGUCUAUGUUCUCCCUGUGUCUCUGUGGGUUUCUCCGGGAUCUCCAGUUUUCUCCUAUAAAACAUGCUGGUAGGUGUAUUGGUUGUGUGUGUGAUGAAGAGGGCUUGUUCCUGCUUCACACACACUAUUCCCAGGAUCGGCUCAGGAUCCACCGCAACCUUAGUCCAGGAAAAUGAAGAUGAAUGAAUAAGGAUCUUUCCACAUCAAUGUUUAUGAUUCUUUAUUUCUUUGUAGCACUAACAAAAAUGCGUCAAGAGCCAUCUAUCGAAAAUACAGUGCUUUAGGGGACUACAGCUACUCUGUCUUGACCCAACAUUCUCUAAUAUCUGCACUCCAGUGGUUUUCCAAGUGGGGGCCGCCGGGGGGCUUCAACAAUUUGGUGUGCCCAUCCCUCCCACUAUUAUGUUUUCUCUUUCUCACUCUCAGACAACCACACACACACACACACACACAAUCAAUUCCUAAUGUAAUGUAAGCUGUAAUUAUUAAUAAAAAAGGGGGGGAUAUAUUCAGAAGUCUGUAUUUUUAAUGUGUUUUAAAGACAUCUUGAAAAAGGGGGGCCUCGGUCAAAUGUUAAUGCCAUUUGGGGGGCCUUGCCCUGGAAAAGUUUGGGAACCCCUGCUGUAGUCUAUGGAAGUGAAUCUAGUCUCGAAAUGGAGCAACUCUCGCGAGAGUUCGUCAUCUCGCUCCCUCUCGGGGAAGUUCCACCAACAGCGCGAGAAAUAAAACCGUAACGGCACGCGCUGGUCAAAGAAGCAGGCGGAGAUUCUCCGGAUGAACUCUUUAUAGAUGUUUUGUUAGUAAAAGUUUAAAAGUCUGACUUGAGCAAAGCGGGAUAAAGCUCUACCGAUGGAUUCGUGCGAGUUUUGGAUCCCGGUUGUAUGUCGCACCUGUAAAAUAAUCGUGCUCGGAGACGCCGGUGUGGGAAAGACGAGUCUGACUCAGCUCUACUGCACCGGACACUUCCCCGAUAAAACCGACUCCACCAUCGGCGUGGACUUCCGAGAGAGAGUGCUGCACGUGGGGGGCGAGAAAAUCAAGGUGCAGCUGUGGGACACGGCGGGUCAGGAGCGUUUUCGCAAGUGCAUGGUACAGCACUACUACCGCAACGUACACGCGGUCGUCUUUGUCUACGACGUCACUAAUGUGUCUUCGUUCCGCAGUCUGCCCCUCUGGAUGGAGGAAUGUCAACAGCACUUGCUUGGACCAGAUGUGCCCCGUGUCCUUGUGGCUAACAAAGCUGAUUUGGUGACCUCGAACGUGGCGUCGACCAUCGAGCAAGCACGGCACUUAGCUGAGGUCCACUCGAUGCCCUUCUACCUCUAUUCAGCUAAAAGUGGCAACAGAGAGCAGGUGGACGCCAUCUUCAGCAAACUGGUACUGCAGAUAACUAGGCAACGAAGAAAAAAAACAGAGGCAGUCAGGAGUUUUAAACUGACUCCAAAGGUCAACGUCGAGGAAGAAAAAAAGGAGAAAUGGACCUGCAACUGCUGAUGGGAGGGAAACCGGGUGAAAUGAGGACAUACUGGCAGUCUGUGACAGUCUUAUACUCCAGACUUCCCCUGCACUUUUUUUUCUUUACACAUCCUUGUUGAUUUCUCAUCAAGACUCUGAAGUGCAAAACACCUGCAUUCCAUCAGAGGAAAGAGAAUUGCACUAGCCCUGGGCAAAAUGAACAGACUUCCUUUGCAAUUUGCACAAUAAUAUCAGCUAAACAACCAGCAUAAUAGUUUAGCUGCAAUGUAGAAAUGAGUUGAGUUGGCUAAAUAGAGCAUUGCUGUUAUUGGCCUUUGGGAUUCUGAUAUCUGAUAUCACUGAAGCCUCUUGUAUGUUGUGUUUCUAUAAAUCAUGUCUCUUAACAGUAUAAAAUAACCUUUAACCUUGGCUCAAACAAGUGUUUAACAAGUGUUGUAGUUUGACCAAAGAUGAAAUCCUUUUUUUCCUUAACCCAAAGUCAAUACAAUGACCUCAGUCAAU